CGACCAAGACGUCAGUGACUCGCGGAGUGCAGCACGAAGCGGACGUGUGUGUGUACCGGUGUACGCGCGAAGACGAAGGAGACGGGCGCGAGUGAGGGAGAGUAGUGACCAGAGUGACGGCGGCGGCGGCAUGUAUUAACUGGCCCCGUGCACCCCACAGCACUACACGCCCACGCAGCACCCGAAACACCACCGCCCCCGCACGUGAAUGACAGCCGCGCCGCCUCCGAUGCGCGCCGGUGCACUUUCAACACAGCGCGUGCAUGCAUGACGACGGCAAAGAGGGAGAGCAAUGUUUGCCACCAACAACGUCAGGCGAUUCGCACAUCCCUUAUUGAUUAUAUUCACUUUAUUAAUAUCCCAAACGGUACUGACGGUUGGCUUGCCGAUACCACGACAAGAGCACGCGGCAGCAUCGGACCUCAUCGCCGGCGAAGCAUUUUUGAGCAUUCUGAUGGGAGGCCUCGCAAACGUCCCUGUCACAGAUUUACAUCGCCAGCAAUCAGUUGAUGAUGAAGAAUCAUACCCAUUAAAAACCCUACGCACAUCACGCGCUCAACAACAUGAUCCAAGUAUCGAAAUUACAAAAACCAGUGAUAGUGACUUAGAUUCUACGCCUAGAAUAGAAAUCAGAAACGAUAUUGAUACUCAAGACCCCAACCUUCAUAAUAAGGAAACUGAAGACGGUACUAUUAUUUCGGUCAGAGUUUCUUCCACGAUAGGUCAUUCUAUGAUCAACAAGCAUGUGUAUACAAAUAAGGAACAAAAUGAAGAAAUUGAAGAAGUUUUGGAUACAACUGAACAACCUACGACUACAGAUAUAAAUUUUUCUAAUGGAUUGAAUGAUGAUUUAAUUCAGGUAGACCAAGAAGCGGUUGCUUCUGAAGAUGCUCCUAGUUUGAUUGCCGAAGCUAACAAAAGUGAGUUCCAUGUUGAAGAAAUGGAACCGAUUAGCAGAGAUUACAAUGAACAUUCAAGUCAUCAAAAUUCACACCCAAGUUUAAACCCGCCUAGUCCAAUACCUUUUGAUGGAAAAACCUAUCCUGGGACGUUGAUUUACCAUAAUGAAGGUGGUAAUAACAGGGUUAGGUCGGUGUCAUACUCCACAGUGAUUCAAGCAUUGCCAUCGGUACAAAAAAGUUGGACACCCGGUACUUUAAAUACUCCUGCAAUACUAAACCCGGUUCAGGAUAAUGGUGCUCAUCAAAAUAAUACAAUGGAUCAACCUGUUGAUCAGGGUCAUCCAAUGCCUGCGGUUAAUUCAGGUGCUGAAAGUAAAGAUUACUAUGUGACUUCAAAGUAUGAGGAUCCUUCAAGAUACUAUUCUCCUGAACCAACUGAAAGAAAUUGGGGUGUUCCCGAACAAAAUUAUCAUGAACCUUCAAAACCUUAUACGCCGGUAGUCUAUGGACAACCUGAGCAAAACUACGAGGUUGAUGAAGCAGUGAGUGUGGAAACAAAUGGUAGAGCUCAUGGUAUACAACCAGUUCAAACAAUUCCAUCCACAAAUCAAGACCCCAACAACCCGCACCAUCACGCUCAGAAUCCUACUCAUGGAAAAGUUCUUCCGGGGAAAAAGGAUGAUAAUCAGAAGGUUGGGUACGUCGUUGAAGGAAGAAACUACAGGAAGUAUAGAGUAGAGGAACGCACCUCUGAUGGGUUUAUAGUUGGAGAAUACGGAGUGGUUCGUCAUGAUGAUGGAUCCUUGCGAGGGGUGCGUUAUACUGCCGAUGGAACGAUAUCUCCACGGUUGAUCUACGACGCAUUGAUGAAGUUUUUGUCGCUGUAGAACCAAAUAAAAAUUCCGGUGCCUUAAAAAAAUACUUAAUAUUUGUGUUUGAAAAUUGCAUAAUUUUUAAAUAUUAAAACGAAUAUUUCCAUUAGUAGUAUUUUAAGAUAAAUACUUCGAUGUUCUCUUGAAAAAGAGACGGCGACGUACUGAUUACCUUCUAGUUCCUCAAUUAUUAUCAGCGUUACGAGUAUACAUGUGAAUUUCUGGAACAACUCUCUAAUCGUUUUUAUAAUAAAAAAUGAAGAAUAUAACUUGAGAGCUGGAAUAAGGCAUAGAACAAGUCUCGAUAAAAUCAGAAAAUAUUUAAUGCGAAUGACGACAAUAACGGUGUAGAAUCAAUGAUAAUUGACACGUUGCUCACUCUAAACUUUAAUUUUUAACGAACGUAAUUAAUCUAUUUUUAUAACGUACGUUUUAAUUAAUUAUUGAUUAAUUAUUAUAAUUUGAUACAGAGAACAAUAUUGUGUUUCUUGUGACAAUGCAAUAUUUUUAUGUAGCUAAUUUAGCAAUCUUUUUAAUGUAAUUUUUGAUAAUAAAAUUAAAAUCUGUAUUUUA